AUGUCUUUCCUGAGUGUCUUCAAAAAGGAUAGUCGAGCAGUGCCAGGCUCACGGCUGUCACAAAGAGGAAAGCAUAGCAUGAAUUUCGUUUCUGGUUACGGGAAUGGAAUUAGUAAUGGAUGCGUACGAGAGUUUUAUAUUGAUUUGAAGGAGCCACACAGGAUAUGGAAACCAGAGGAAUAUAUAACGGGCGAAACUGUUGUUAGCAUAAAGAAAGAUGUGACAAAUGUGGCGAUACGGCUAAUCUUGAUAUGCGAGAUUAAGGUUAAAUUGGGUAGCACCGCCGCAGUGAGAAGAAAGCUGGGUGAAAGAUUGCUGGAGAAAUCCACGUUCCUUUAUGGUAAGGAAUGGGAUCAAGAUAGUAAUGCUACGGUCAUUAAUGGUUUGACAAAGGGCGAGCAUAGAUUCCCGUUCAGGAUAAAAGUACCAUCGGGUAGAAAAGUUUGCAGUUCAAUAAAAUUUGAAAGGGGUUCAAUUGACUACUAUUUGAAAUGCUCGAUAGAGAACAUCGAAUCAAAUCAGGUAGAAAGACCUAUUUCUGUCUGUGAGAGCGGAUUUUCGGUGAUAGUACCGAGAGACGUGUCUCUUUUGCCCAAGCCUAAGGUUAAGACAGUUGUCUUACAAUCGGCUGCAAUGGUACGACAUGCUAGUAAAACUCUUGGUGAUGGAUCCUCAUCGUCUUUUACAAAAGCAACAAAGUCGUCUACCAACUCGAACUCUUCAGCCAACACGAGCGGCUCCAUAAGUUCGAUCGAUAAAACUGUUACAAUUUCGGUUGAUAUAUCAAACGCGGGAUUUGCCAUAGGCGAGAUAAUCCCCGUUAAAGUCUUUGUUCAGCAUUAUAAAAACUUUUGUCGUCCUGCUGGUUUGAUUAUCACCUUAGCAAGGAUUUGUCGAGUAAGUGGUGGGGGUAAAGAUGAGCCAAUGGAGACUUUUAGAAAAGAUAUUUGUCAAACCAUUUCCCCACUUUAUGUUGACCCAGAAACCUUGCAAUGUAGUGUUACGGCAUACUUGAAGGUACCGAUUGACGCAUUUUCAACUUUUACAACGUGCCACAAAUAUUUUACAUUUCAAUACUAUGUUGAAGUCAUGGUGAACUUAUCGCAGAAGAACGUUAUCUAUACAGAAUCUAAGCGCGUUGUGGGUACAAAAGAUACCAUUGUAUCGGAAAUAGCUUCUGAUUUAGAUGAUAAAGCAAGCUUUAGCAAAUUACCAAGAAAGUUCUUUAAUGCUGUCAAUAGUGACAGAACCUUGAAUGAUGAAAAUAGCAUUGAAUCGAAUAUCUCAUACCAAGACAUGGUUAAUGUAGAAAAGUUGAAACGAUUGAAUAACGUCACCGGUAUGUCCAUUGAAACUGUCAUAGGAACCACAGGGUCGAAACUCGAAGAGCUGCCCCCCAGGGUUGAAUAUGAAACGCUCUCUGGCGCUAUUGAAGCCACCGACGACUUAGAAUCACCGCUUACAUCUACUGCUGCAUCUCCUGACCGUUCAGCGACCGAUUGGCUAGCACCAUUAUAUGCAUAUGACAAAUACCCCCCAGCUCCACAAUAUACGCCAAAUGAAUCAAUUUCAGCGGCUGUGGACGACAAGAAAGAACUUGAACAUGCAAGACUCAAGCAGCUGGAAAGUGAUCCACCUACGGAAAACUUCUAA